AUGGUAGGCCGCAACAUUGACGCUCUCAAUAUUGUAUUGAGAAGUGCACCACUAGGGUCGAAAACUCAACAAGUAAAGGACAACGCGCUCAACCUGACGAUGAAGGUGCUACUAUCGAUCAAGGCGUCGCAGAUCGAGGAGGCAGUGUCGAGAGUCGACAAAGACCUGAUCGACGUGCUCAUGAAGUACAUCUACAGAGGCUUCGAGAUGCCAUCAGAAAAGAGCAGCGGCCAUCUGCUUAUGUGGCAUGAGAAGGUGUUCGCGGUCGGUGGAAUGGGCAGCAUUGUCAGAGUGCUCACGGACAGUAAACGAAUCUGA